AUGUAUCAAUAUUUAAUAGACGUUCAUGCUCACCUUUAUCCUUCUUCGUUUCCAAAUACACCAAUUGAGGAAAUCCUUUUACGUGCUAAAGCUGCGAACGUAAAAUCGAUAAUUAAUGUUUCAGAAACUGUUGAAGACGCUAAAAAUAUAUUGGAAUUGAAAAAUGAUGCGUCAUUAUCAGAUUCAUUAAGAGAAAUGAUAGAACCUUGUGCGGGUUUGCACCCUGUGCAGCCUGUAGGGACAAUGAGUUUAAUUAGCAUUGAUCAAGCUAAUAGUAUGCUUGAAUUCAUUCGAAAAAAGUCGACCGAAUUAAUCGGAAUUGUUGGGUUAGACUUUACUCCCCAUGUUUUACAAAAUGCGAUUAAUUCAAACCCUAAACUGAACCUAAGCACAGAAGAAUUAAAAAAUAUACAACGUCAAGUAUUUGCGCAACAAAUUGCACUUUCCCUUCAAUUUGACCUUCCCCUAAAUGUUCAUUCGCGUAGUGCUGGAUAUCAUGCCUUAGACUGCUUACGAGAUUAUGGCGCAAGAAAAGUAGUAAUGCAUGCUUUCGAUGGUCAAGUAAAAUAUGCAAAAAGGGGAGUCGAAAUGGGAUUUUUUUUCUCAAUACCACCUUCAAUAAUUCGGUCACCUCAAAAACAAAAAUUAGUGGCAGAGAUUCCACUAUCCAAUCUUUUACUUGAAACAGAUUCACCGGCGUUAGGUCCUGAAAAAGGAGUUGACAAUGAGCCGAAUAGCAUUAUCAUAAGUGCAUCGGAAAUUUCCAAAAUAAAACAAAUCUCGAUUGAAGAAGUGGAAAGUAAAUUUUAUUAUCAUGUUUUUUUAUCAAAACAUGAUUUUUUAAUAUAA